AUGUCGCGCCCAGGCCCGUCGAGGAACCUGACCCUGACGGAAGAGCUUGAGAAGCUCGAGCAGUCCAUCACUCUUACUCUGCAAGAGAUAGAUCAUAACUUCAGCAAAGCUCACCGCAUCGUGACCACCAGUAUCCUCCCCCUGGUAGAGCAAUACGGGGAGCACUCCAAGAACGUCUGGGAAGCUUCCAAGUUCUGGAAGCAAUUCUUCGAGGCCUCGGCCAAUGUGUCGCUCUCGGGCUACGAGGAGCUUGCCAACGACGAACAAGAAGAUACCACCGCGGGCGGCGAAGAGACGACCCAGAUCGCCGACACAACAACUGCCUCCGAAGACUACACACCACAGGAUGUAGAGGAUGCGACUGGUGACCAGGCCGCUUACCAGGAGCAGUCCCAGCGCCAUCGCGACGUCGAGGACAGCCUCCUGGACGACGGGUCGCUGACGGGGAGCACACCACGUCCGCCCGCCACCAAAUCUCUCCGGCAGAUGCAGUUCGCAGACCUCAACUCGCCCUUCGAGACGUUGCGCCGCGAGAUGAAGGACGAGGCUUCCGCUGCGAGGAAGGGCGACGACUUCCCUCCCGAAGCAGAAGAAGGGGAUGACGAUGAGACCAUGCAACUGCCCGGCAUGGCGGCAACACAGACCCGCCUGCCAGAUAUGUCCAUGACACCGCGGUCGUCGUCCAUGCUCGAGGCACCCGACCCAACGCAGCACCUUGGCCUCGGAGCUAGCGGUAAAGUCAAGGGCAAAAACACGGACCCGUUGCUGCAUCGCAUCCUGGACAAGAACUACCGCAUCCAGGCCACACCGCACAAGACGCUAUCGCCAGUGAAGCUGGGCGGGGCCAGGGUCGAUGAAAAUGAUAACACCCGCCGCAAGCUGUGGCAGGACAGCCCCAUGAGCUCCCCGGAGAUGGCGGCGCCCAUGCUCAGGACUAACUUAUACAGUGGCGUAUCGCCGCUGAAGGCACCAAAGGGUCUGGGAAGAGGCAUUGCCGGAAGUGGACCGCGGACACCCGGCGUCAGCGUGCAUACCCCCGGUACGGCGAGGAAGACGAAGGACGUCUUCGCAGGCCAGGCCGGUGGCGCGAAAGGAAAAGGGAAGAGUGACGCAGAGAUAUAUUGGGACAGCGACGAAGAAGAGACGGGAGGCGUGUUUGGAGGCAUGAGUCCUCCCAAGACUAUUCAAUUCGCAUUGCCGCCCAGCAAACUCAUGCAAACGCCUGCUCGGGAAGCAAGCAAACGCAUAGUGGAUGACAUUCUACUGACUGCCGGAGCCGCCCCUGAAUACCUGGGAGACGACGCAGAAUACAGCCCAACUAUGGUCAAGAUGAAUCAAGACAUACUAGACGAUACCUUCUAA